AUGACUCGAUUCUCCCUUCUUGCUCUCGGAGUCUCACUCCUGGCAACCGGGACGCUCGGUGACUGCGGAUCCCAGCAGCCAUGCCAGGGUCAGGGCCAGGGCCAGGGCCAGGGAAGUGGCUGUCCUCCCAAUGCCGCGUACCUGAUCGAUCCUCGGGUCAACCGUGGUGGAUGCUGCCCGCCUGCCGGCCACAAGUACUUCUGGGAUGACAAGUCCCAGACUGGCAGCUGCUGCCCGGACACUACUGUUGGAUUCGAUGGCUAUAUGUGCCAGAACCCUCAGUACCCGCCUCAGCAGGACUGUGGCGGCUGCGGUGGCCAAGGGCCGAACCCUAACUACAACAAUGUCAACACGAACACAAACACCAACACAAACCAGAACUGGAACCAAGGCCCCGGCAGUCCCCCAGGCGGCCCUCCUGGUGGUCCCCCUGGCGGUGCCCCCGGUGCUCCCCCUGGCGGUACCCCCGGUGCUCCCGGCGGCCCUCCUAGCCCUGGUGGUCCUAGCCCUGGUCAAGGGCAAUACCCCCCCAACUACAACACAAACACCAACACCAACACAAACCAGAAUUGGAACCAAGGUCCUGGUGGUCCCCCCGGUGAUCCCCCUGGCGGUCCUCCCGGCGGUGCUCCUGGUGGUCCUCCUGGCGCUGGCCAAGGACAGUACCCUAACUACCCUAACGGCAACACCAACACCAACACCAACACCAACCAGAACUGGAAUCAAGGACCUGGAGGCCCUGGUGUUCUUAACCCCGGUGGUCCUCCUGGCACUGGCCAGGGCCAGUACCCCAACUACCCUAAUGGCAACACGAACAACAACCAGAACACCAACACCAACCAGAACUGGAACCAAGGUCCUGGUGGUCCUCCUGGUGGUGCCCCUGGUGCCCCUGGUGCCCCCGGCACUGGCAAUUGCGUCAACCUGUGCAACGGAUCCAAGGGUAACGGCACCGGCGGCGCCUGCGACCCCAGCCAGCUGUCCAACGGCUGCACGGAGCGCAUCUGCCCUGACCCCAACGGCGACAAGAUCGGUCUCGAGUUCGGCUCCUGCUACCGACUCAAGAACCCGCAGGGCAAGGCCCUCAACAAGCGCGACCACGGCAUGCAGGACUACGUCUGGGGCGGCUACUACGCGGACAUCUACCAGUUCCGUAUCUGCCGCACGACUGACGACUGCUCCAAGGGCGAGGAGAUCUCCAUCAACACUCCGUUCGUCAUCAACGACCAGAUGGGCCGCACUAGCAAGAGCAGCCCCGACACCCUCUUCUGGAUCAUCGAGCUUCCGUUAUGGCACUUUGGUACUCUGGAGGUUGCUAGCCAGGCUAUCAAGUUCACUGCCCGCCCUUGGGUUGGCGACACCUGUGGUGUGUGCUUGAUGGGUGAGGGCCGUGGUCUCGGACCCGUCUGCCCUGGUGACAACCCCGGCAUUGGGUUCAAGGAGAAUCCCCGCUACUGUAUCCCGAUGAUUAUUGAGAAGGUUCCCUGCCUUCAGGGCGAUGGCAACCUUGAGAAGGCUCCCCAGGGUGCGCCCCAAGGUGUUCAGGGUGCUCCUCAGGGUACGGGUGGCCGUGAUGAGCUGUAA